ACCUUAAAUGCAGCCUCUAUAUCUGUUAUGGACCUCGUCUAUCAUUACCUGUACAUUUUUUCCCAUCGUCAGGUUACGCGGAGAGCAGGUCCAACUGUCCCCCAGAGGCCGUUCAGACCGUCAGAAACUGUAUCAGCUCAUCCAUUCCAUCCUUCGCUCCCUCCAAAAAGUACAACCUGAAGAGGGAGAUAGAGAUCAUGUGGGGAGCCUGUAGGUCUUCCAGUCUUGCCGAGGCCUCUAACUGUGUGAAGCGUGUGAUGGAUAAGUGUACCGGGAUGACAGAUGAAGAACAGAACCUGCAGAGGCUGUUCAGUCACAAGGACAUAGAGUACACGUACAGAUACUUCUGUGACAAUUUCGAUCUGUAUGAAAAACACAUAGGAUGUAUUCAAGAUCAGCACCAAGCUGCCACUAACUGCUCUCGGCCUCAGAUGGAGAGCUUUCGAAGGAAAAUAACGGCCAAAUCUCCUAUUGAGGUCAUGAUAUUGUCUAGUUGUUCCACCCACCAGAUAAUGACUGAGUGUUUGUUAGAACCAGUGAACCAGAAUUGUGGAGACAGCGCCGCCAUGUUCUUAGAACACAUCACGUUAAACCAACGUCCACCCGUGUGUCAUCCUCUGACGCCGAAAUACAGCAGCCUUCAGAAUGAUCAACCUAACAGCGCCACCACAUCCGCUGUGACGUCACGGACCAUAUUUGGCGCCGUUUUAUUUAUCUUUGUUUGGAAUUUAUUGCCCCUCUGACUUAUCCCAAGAUAAUACAAAUGCUUUUAUUCUAACGAUUUAAAAAUCGUUAAAAACUUGUGUAAAUUUCUUAAAAUACAAAUUACAGCCUUUAUGUGCAACAACUUUGUAAGUCAUGACGGUUAACACGUUCGGGACUAUGAGAGGCUGUUCAUAGGAAUUAUCCCAUCACUGCCUGCUGUGAUAUAACUUUACUAGUGUUGAACCAAAACAACAUUCAAGCCCCUCAGUAGCCGAAAUCCAAAUGGAACAUUCCUUUGCCUCAUUAUACAGACACCAGCGCCGACAAAACAAAGCAUGUGGCUGAUUUUAUAGCUCCACAAACCCUGUAUAGCUUGUACAUGAAAUGUACAAAGCAGUCGUUAUUUGCUGUGAAUACUUAAAACAUUACUUAAUACAUCAGUGUCAUAAGCCACGGAUUUUGGGUCCAUUCUAUUUCCAACAAACUGGGAUGGACACAAAAACCAUGGAUUGCCAAUAUAUUCUCAAUAUGCAACUUUUUCAUGUAUAU